GCCAACAAAACAGUACAAUUUUGACAUUUCAUUUACAUCAUAACUUUUUACCUGAUUUUCUUUAAUUUUUCAAUGAAUAAUCAUUGAAAACGUCGACUUUUAUUUUCUUGGACCAUUCAUUUCCAUCAAUUAUACAUAAAAAAUGGUUUUAUUGCAUCUAGAAGAGCAGCCCCCUAUUUUGCAAGCAAUUUUUGCAGGGGCUGUUGAAGAGAUUAAAGAGCUGAUAGAGUUGAAGCAGAAUGUUAAUGAAUUAGAUUGCGAAAAAAGGACACCCCUACACGCGGCCGCUUACAAAGGCGACGUUGCCAUAUGCUCCGUCCUGCUGGAAAACGGCGCGCGCGUGAAUGCAAAGGACUCCAAGUGGAUAACGCCGUUGCACAGAGCUUGCAGCAAUUCCUGCAACGACGCAGUGUCCCUGCUGCUCUCAUACCAGGCGGAUAUAAGCGCUAGAGACAGGCUGUGGCAAACUCCGCUGCAUAUAGCAGCAGCAAACGACUCCUAUCACUGCGUCGAGCAACUUUUAAACUUCAUUCCGAAUUUAAACGUUACGGACCGUUCGGGUCGCACCGCUUUACACCAUGCCUCUAUGAACGGGCAUGCGCUGAUAGUGGAGUUGUUAUUAUCUAAAGGUUGCAUUGUCAAUGCGUGCGACAAAAAGGACGUCAGGCCCCUGCAUUGCGCUGUUCAGAUGGGGCACGUUGAUACCGCUGAGGUUUUAAUUAAAAAUGGGGCCGAUGUUAACGCCAAGGAUAGGAAUUUGUACACCCCUUUGCAUGUGGCUGCCGCGGCUGGAAAGACUUGCCACAAGUUUGAUAAUUUUAACUACAGCAUGGGCCGAAUGCUGCUGGUCUUCGGCGCGGAUCAUGGCGCGCAGAACGCCUACGGCAACACGCCUGCGCACACCGCCUGCCUCAACGGUCACCUGGGAGUUCUGCAGGAUUUGGGCGAAGACGGCGCCGAUCUCGAGCGCGUCAACUUCGCCGGUCAGACGCCGCUGCACGUGGCCGCGGCCAGCGCGCACGGCGUCGACUGUCUCACCUACCUGCUCAGCCAAGGGGUAGAAGUAAAUUGUCAAAGCAACGAUGGAAGAACACCCUUACACAUGACCGCGAUACACGGUAGAUUCAGUAGAAGUAAACCUUUAAUUGACAAAGGUGCCCUUAUCGACAUAGCGGAUAAAAACGGCUGCACGCCUCUGCACAUUGCCGCUCAGAAAGGUCACGACCUUUUAGCAAACACCUUGCUAAGUUACGGUGCUGACCCUACGAAAAAAGGUUACGAGGGACGCACCCCACUGCACAUGUGCUGCCUGUCGGGAUACGUCGAAUGUUGCAGGAAAUUCAUACAGGCAGGCGUCGACCUGAACGUCAAAGACGACAGGGGAAUGACCCCUAUACACUGUGCCGCAUAUAAAGGCUCGAUAGAAUGUCUCGAUUUGCUGGUCAGCAACAAGGCGGAUAUAACGCUACUGGACAACUUAAGCCGACUUCCGGUGCACUAUGCAUCGUCACAGGGACAUUACCAAUGCGUUUUCACGCUGGUGGGAAUUGGCAGCCCUGUCGGAGCGUCGGAUAUACAGGGUUGCACCCCGUUGCAUCUGGCGGCCGGGUAUGACUUGGAUGGCAAAUGCGUGGAGUAUUUACUAGAUCACAAUGCAGAUAUCAACGCUCUAGAUUUGAAGGGUCUUUUACCCCUGCAUUACGCGAUCGCGGGGGGUAACGAAAACGCGACCAGGUCUCUGGACAUAACCAGUAGCCAAUCUAUGGGUAAUUCCACUGCUACGGUCACCGCACUGCAUCUAGCUGCUAAAGUCGGUUCUUUGGCACUUAUGAAACCGCUGUUGUCGUUUUUUAGAGACUUCGACAUUCAAACGAUAGACGGCAUCACCCCGCUAAUGAUAGCCGCUCGCGAGGGCCACACGCAAAUUGUGCAGUUCCUGCUGCGAUUCGGCGCGAAAGUCAGCAUCACGGACAAAAACAAUUGGAGCGCUUUGCACUACAGCGCGAAAAACGGACACGCGCAGUGUCUGUCGAUGAUGGUCAACAACUCGGACGACAAGAGCGUCGUGAAUUUCGUUGACGGGCAAAAUAGGACAGCUCUUAUGCUGGCAGUGUCUGGAAAUCACAUAGAAUGCGUUAAAAUACUCUUGAAGGCCAGUGCAAAUCCCAAUAUAGUCGAUACCGACGAACAUUCGUGUCUAUUCAGAGCUGUUGUCAAUGGCCAGAACAGCGUGGUACAAUUAUUGCUGUGUAACGAGGCGAACGUUUCAAAUACCGACGUAAACGGAAAAAAUGUUCUGCAUUUGGCGGCAGCUUGCGGUCAUUUCGCUUGUCUGCAAAUGAUUUUGAAUUUUAUGAAGGAAGAAGACGCAAAGGCUGUGGACAAUCAGAACUGUACUGUUUUGCAUUGGGCAUGUUACAAUGGUCAUACGAAUUGUGUUGAGUUCUUGUUAGAGAAGGAUAUUUUUAAGAGUUUGGAAGGAAACUCUUUUUCUCCAGUACAUUGUGCAACCUUUUCUGGCUCUGAGCGUUGCUUGGAACUACUGGUAAACAAAUUCGGUCAAGAAAUUGUAAACUUGAAAGACUGCCGCAUGCGUACGCCUCUGCACAUAGGAGCCCUAAACGGGCACACGGAGUGCGUGAAAUUCUUGCUGGCCAACAACGCUGACGUUCAUGCGCAAGACGAGGAAGGGAGAACAGUUUUCGUUGCGGCUGCGCAGUACGGACAAACGCAAGUUAUCGAACUACUGUUUGCCACCAAAGUCAGUCGCGCAACGAGCGACAACGACGGCAACACCGCACUACAUUUGGCAUGUCUCAAAAGACAUGCGCAGUGCGCCCUGGCCAUCCUAGAGGACGCCACUAGCGAACCCACCAUCCAUUUGACGAACAAGGAGAAAAAAACCCCUCUGCACAUAUCGGCAAGGAACGGCUUGGUGGACGUGACGCGGGAACUUUUGAAAAAAGGUGCCUCCGUAUUGGCUGUGGAUUCGCAGGGCCUCACGCCCGCUUUGUGCUGCGCACCUUCGCACAACGUUGCGCAGUGUUUGGCGCUAGUGCUGCGCACACUUCCGGAUUUCGUCGCCAAAAACCCCGUGGAAAACGGGCCCAAAAGUGCACAAACCGACAACAUCGCGUUGGCCCUUAAAAUGGCAACGUGUAAUCUCACAGACGACACCAACGAAAAUUCUAAUAACAACAGCGAUAACGAGUUUUAUUAGGGUGUUAUAAUAAAAUAUAUUUCAUACAAAAGUUAAGCUCUGUGUAACUUAGACAGUUAAAGAGAAUGGACUCGUAACGCCUAUUACACACGGGCGUAGCGAAUUUCAUUACUUAAAGCUGUGUAAGGUAUAAAAGUCAUCAAAAACAAAAAAUGAGAUUACGUACUUGUCAGAAGUAUUUACAUGGUUGUCAGUUUUAUUUUAUGACGGUUUGUUUCAAGUUUUGUAUGGAAUAUACGUCACAAGUUUAAAUUUACACUGUGAUAUACAGAUUUUGUGAUUUACAACAUAAAAACGAUAUUAACUACAAACAUCACCCAGAAAUGAUUGUACUAUGCUCCACACCUCAAAGUCCCACCACGUGACCACGUACGGAACGCAGUC